AUGGCGAGGAAGAAGAAUGGAUCAGAAUUGGAUUUCGAGGAUGCUGUUUCUGAUGAUUCUGGUGCUGAAGAAUCUAGUUUUGAUGAUGGUGGUUCUGAAGAUGUUGAUUCUGAGGAGGAUGUGGAGGAGGGUGAAGCUAGUGAGGAAGAACCUGAACCUAACAGAGAUGGGAAGCGCAAGCGAGAAACUGGUGCUCAGAAGCAGACAGCAAAGAGGGCCAAGCAAAAGGUUGACAAGACGAAUGGAGAAGAGGUGAAGGAGAAAGGGGUUGUCGUUAAAACCCAAUCAAGAAAUACGAAAAAGGCCCCUAAUUUGCAUGGUGUGAAGGCUUUUGCGACAGCGAUGAAGAACUUUGAUGACUCUAGGAAGAAGCUUGUCAUAGAAAUGGGUUUUGGAGGGUUGUUAAGUAUACACCUAGCUUUUAUACCGCGGAAGUUUGUGUACUGGCUGUUGACAAGGGUGAUGGGUUAUGGUUUGAUAACUUUUGUAGAUGAGUAUGUGCUUCCUUUGAGUCCUCUUCAGGUCGAGUACGUAUUGCCAUGUACGAUUCCUGAAGAUAAGCAGGCAGAGCAUAGUAGAAUUUUGGAAAAGUUUGGGAAAAAUGAUAGCAUUUCAUUAGUAGCUACUUUGGGGGCACUUAUUCGAAAGGAUGAGGAAAGCAAUGUAUUCCUGCUGUCGGAUGACGAGAAAGCUGAUUUCAAGAUAGCCUUUCUCAUAGCAGCUUUGGGCUACGCAUUGUCUGCUACGACAAAUACAAGCUAUCUUGGAGUGAAGCUUGUACCGUCGUUAUUGGUUUGCGAUGAAGCGUUUGAGUAUGACUGGUGUACUUAUGUAUUUAACUGGAUGGUUGUAGCAGCCAGGAGUUUCCAAAAGAAAUUUGCUCAUGAUGGAUAUGUUGCAGGUUCUGGGGGUUGUAUCCUUUAUUUGUUGGUGAGUAAAAUUGGGUAUUUGCCACCGUACACCAAAUGCGUUAUGAAAUCAAUGCAUCAAUUGAUGUCACAGUGUGUUGACGUAGCUAAUGCCCAGAGAGUGAUUGGGGGUAAGCCAAUGGAGAGGGGUAAGCCAAUGGAGAAGGAAGUUGUUGUGCAUGAGAACUUGUCUGGUGAAAAUCAUGAUGAUGUGAAUGGUGCAGAUCCUAAUUUGGCCAGUUUUUUAUUGGAGAAGGAACAAUUGAAACAAGGUAGGGAAGGACUUGGUGAAGAUCCUUCUACUGAUACAAUGUCAAGUGAAGAUGACCUAGAAUGUGUGGUUCAAAAGAUUAAGGUGGAUCCAUUGUUUACAGAGGAUGGGGGUGAGUUCAAGGUGGUUGGGGAUGAAUCCAAGGUGGAUGGGGUUGACGCAGAGGUUGAUGAAGGUGUUGUCUCGGAUUUACAUAAUUGUUCUGAUACUGAAGUGGAAGAUGAGAACAUUGAGCCUGGACCUCAAAUAGUUUUGGGCUUGGUUACGGCGAGGGGAACUACUGUGUUGGUUGAUGCUGAGUGAAGUUUGGCAAAUUAUUCUUCAUCUGAUGAGGAAGAUGAGUCUACUAAAAAAGGGGAACGGAACUGCGGAUAAGAGGGUGGUGAAACCUACAGAGGUAGCCUUGUCAGCCAUGUUCACCAAUGUGUCAAACACCCGACGCCAACAACGCUUGAGGCACGUUUGCUACAGUUUGUAAAGCGCUGGAAGGACCUGAAGGAUCCACUUAGCCCUGGUAUUAUGUUGAUAAAGUGUGACCACAUGGAAGCCAACCAGAGGGUUUGCUUUGAAGUGGUGCCCCAUAAAUCGCGGGUUUCUAGUGAUUAUGUUAUAAUGGCCAGUGUGCUAAACUAAGCAAUGGGGCACCAAAGACAUUGUGAACAGAAGCAAGCAUAUUUUGCUUAACCCAAGCUUUUCGAAUCGACUAUUGUUGAAUGAAGGAAAUGAAGAACAUAUUGCUAACUAGUAUGGCAAAUUUCAGCUAUAAGCUAUCGCAGAUUCGAGAAGUCAGCUACUUACUCUCAUAGUUCAAUACUCUAGGCUCAAAUGUGUUUCAUGUAUAUACUCUAAAUUGUGCUUAUGGCAUUGACAUUGUCAUUUUAUCAGGUCUUUGUCCCAGUGCUUGAAGUUCCCAAGGAUUCCCCUAACGAGUCACACUGGUGGUGCUUAGCAUUAGACAUGAAGGCUCGAAAGUUGUGGAUGAUAGAUUCUAUGUACCUUAACCCGUUCACCACACAUGCCAAAUAUUUUGAUCUUCUGGUUAGUGGUAGCGACGUCUUUUUCAACUUUGUGACCCAGAAUAAAAGACUGGUCAGCUAAAUUCUUGGACGAGAUGCACUAUUGAGAUAUUAGAGCCAAGGGAUAAGUAAGCACUUGUUGCCUUAUUUGGUUGAAAGGCAGGAAGUGUGGUUUUUGUUUAUGUUGAUUGUGGUCCUACAAUGUGAAGCUCAUAUUGUGGUGUUCUUAUGCUGGUGUGUAUUAAGUUCUUUGCCAGAAGAUUCACCACGAGGUUUAGUGUGGUAAGUGGUGUAUAUAUCUGUGUUUUGUGUCAAGUUCUCUGAAGUGGUUGUCUACAGUGUGUGUUCAUACAUUUAUAGGGGAAGAUUCCUAAUGCUCGGGCAAAUUUGUUCUUGGACGACGUGCAGUGUGAAUUGAACGAAUUGAAAGAUGGUCUGGGGGAUUUGAUUCCAGGUUCUAGGAAAACAACGCGAAAUCUGUGAUGUGUUAUGUUAGUGGCCUGGGCGAUGGUGUAAUUAUUUUUUGGGGUUGAACUAUGGUGGCUCUAAGUAGUUUGUAUUGAACAUGUAAACACAUGCUGGCAAACGUAAUCCUCUCUAAGGUGGUCUGUCCACUCAGGGGUAACUAUUAGCUUGCUUUGGCUGUGGAGGUGGUUUGUCCACUCAUGGCUAAGUGUUUUAUGUGAUGUCUAUAUUAGGUGUUUUGUUGCAUUUUGCAGAUUAUUCAAAAACUGUGCUUUAAUUACUUGUUGCAAUCUACAUGGAGUGUACAUAAGUACAUGACAGCAAGAGUUGGGUAAUUACAUGAACAGGGUAAUUUAAACUCAAUGUACAGUGCCAUAGGUACAAAAAACAUGCCAGUGGUAUGCUACAUCUGUUACUGGUUAAAUCAAAAUGACAUUGGGUGGAAUGGAUUUCCUAAUGGUA